AUGCUGGACCUCUUCUUCCCCAAGAUCUGGGCUCACGAGUCCGAGCCCACGGAACAAGUGACGCCGGAAGUAGGAGAUGACAAGCAGACGCCUCAGGUCCGGGUCGACAGCGAUACCUCCGAUGGCGAGUCCUUCACCAGCGGUGCGCAGACUGGUGUGAAGAACAUUGAGGCUGUGACCUCCGUAUGGACCAAGACGGAUCUUAUCCUUGCCUACAUCUUCAUUUGGUGCAUCUACUUCGUGUCGAGCAUGCAGCAAGGCAUGACCUCCAGCCUGACGCCCUAUGUCACCAGCUCAUUCCAGGCCCACUCGCUUACCGCGGCGACCGGCAUCAUGUCCAGCUUAAUCGGUGGUCUCGUCCAGCUACCUCUUGCAAAGAUUCUGGAUAUUUGGGGCAGGCCACAAGGGUUUGCGGUCAUGGUAUUAUGCUUGACUAUUGGCCUUAUCAUGAUGGCCGGGUGCAACAAUGUCGAGACGUAUGCGGCUGCGCAGGUGUUCUACUGGGUUGGGUACAACGGAACGGGCUAUGCUCUGUCCAUCUUUGUCGCAGACACAUCCUCCCUCAAGAACAGAGGGCUUAUGUUCGCCUUCAUCAGCUCGCCAUACAUCGCUACCACGUGGAUCGGCGGUCCAAUCGCAAAGUCCUUCCUCAAAGGUGCUGGAUUCCGCUGGGGCUUUGGCACCUUUGCCAUUGUCGAGCCUCUUGUCACGGUUCCACUCUUUGUUCUGUUCGUCCGCAACUACCGCAAAGCGAAGAAGGCUGGCCUGAUCACCCCUCGCAACUCCGGACGGACUGCCUGGCAAUCGUUCAAAUACUACGCCAUCGAGUUCGAUGUGAUCGGCUUGCUCCUGAUUGUCAGCGGCCUGGCUCUGUUCUUACUACCAUUCAGCCUUUACUCCUACCAAUCGGAAGGCUGGCAGUCACCCAUGAUCAUCUGUAUGAUUGUAUUCGGUGGCUUGUUGUUGAUUGGUUUUGGCUUCUACGAGAGAUUUUUGGCCCCUAAGACGUUCAUACCCUUCGGCCUUCUUACCGACCGAACUGUACUCGGCGCGUACAUACUCAGCGCGAUUAUAUUUGUGCAGUGGGUCCGUUAA